GAGUCGUCGCAGACAAUAAAAAGCCUCCUUCGCCUCUUCCACUCUCUCUCCAUCUUCAUUCUUCUUAUCCCCCUUAAACAAUUUUAUUUCAGUGUUCGCUUUUGCUUUGCUUUGAUCUUCUGCUUUGCUCCGUGUGACACUGUUUCCUGUCAAUUUACUCUGAUCAUUAUUUUCGAGUCAUUCGUCACACAUAGACAUUAUCAUCAUGGCUACUUCAACUAUCGUUUCCAACACUGAGAAUGUGCGUUUUUCCCCUCCUGCUCUUGACCCGGCCGAUAAGACCCGGUCACGCGAUAACCUCACAACUCAUUCUAACACGCUACAGCUUCUCAAAUAUCUUGCCCUCGACCAGAAGGGCAAGGUUAUGGCCGAGUACGUCUGGAUUGACGCUGAGGGUGGUGUUCGCUCCAAGACCAAGACUCUUUCCAAGGCUGUCACCUCCGCCGAUGAGCUCCCCGAGUGGAACUUUGACGGUUCCUCCACUGGCCAGGCACCCGGCGACAACUCCGAUGUCUACAUCCGCCCCGUUGCUAUCUUCCCUGACCCCUUCCGCAAGGGAGACAACAUCCUUGUCCUCUGUGAGACCUGGGACUCCGAUGGCACCCCCAACAAGUUCAACCACCGCCACGAGGCCGCCAAGUUGAUGGAAACACACGCCGACCAGCACUUCUGGUUCGGUCUUGAACAAGAAUACACUCUCCUCGGCUCCGACGGAUGGCCAUACGGCUGGCCCAAGGGUGGUUUCCCUGGUCCCCAGGGCCCUUACUACUGCGGUGUCGGAACUGGCAAGGUCUACUGCCGUGACAUUGUCGAGGCUCACUACAAGGCUUGCUUGUACGCCGGUAUCAACAUCUCCGGUAUCAACGCUGAGGUCAUGCCCGCUCAGUGGGAAUACCAGGUUGGUCCUUGCGAAGGUAUCCAGAUGGGUGACCACCUCUGGAUGUCUCGUUUCCUCCUCCACCGUGUCGCCGAAGAAUUCGGUGCUCAGAUCUCCUUCCACCCCAAGCCUAUCCCCGGUGACUGGAACGGCGCCGGCCUUCACACCAACGUCUCCAACGACGCUACCCGUGCCGAGGGUGGUAUCAAGGCCAUCGAGGCUGCCAUGAAGAAACUCGAGGCCCGUCACGUUGAACACAUUGCCGUCUACGGUGAGGGCAACGAGGCUCGUCUUACUGGUCGCCACGAGACCGGUUCCAUUGACAAGUUCUCCUACGGUGUCGCUGACCGUGGCGGCUCCAUCCGUAUUCCUCGCCAGUGCGCCAAGGAUGGCAAGGGUUACUUUGAGGACCGACGACCUGCCUCCAACGCUGACCCUUACCAGGUUACUGGUAUCAUUGUUGAGACUCUUUGCGGUGGCGUUUAAACGAUCUCGAUUAUAAAUGUUACGAAAGAAAAUGAGAAAUAAAAUAAAAAUUGGAAAAAUACCCAAUCAAACCAAUCAAUCAACCCAUGGAUACCCUACCGUUGCCGUCGUCCGUCUCUUACUCUUCAAACACAACCAUGUUCAUGAAUUAGACAAAGGUAGAGAUGAAAUAGGAUGACUCAACCUACAGAAUUAGUCAUACAUACCAUCAUACAAUUCAUUCAUACUUUUUUUUUCUAUUAUUGGUGUUUUUAUCUGUGUAUGUUUUUGGUAUUGUCUGGCAAGGUGUUCUGUGUGGUAAUGAGUCUAAUGCAUAGAUGGCCUUAUUUAGCAAAGUUAAGUUUAUUUUGACAACGUUUGUCCAUCUAAAUAUAUA